AUGUUGAUAUAUCAACAGUUGCCACAAGCCUUAUCACAAGUGGUGGAGUUGGGCCACAAGGCGCAACAGGACCGCAAGGAGCAACAGGACCGCAACUUGACUGAGGAGCAACAGGACCACAAGGCGCAACAGGACCGCAAGGAGCAACAGGACCGCAAGGAGCAACAGGACCACAAGGAGCAACAGGACCACAAGGAGCAACAGGACCACAAGGAGCAACAGGACCACAAGGCGCAACAGGACCACAAGGCGCAACAGGGCCCCAAGGCGCAAUAG